AUUUUACCUUAAUUCUUUACUCUCUUGCUUUCUUGUCGACUGUUUUAUUUUAUGCACAAAUUGAAUCGUACCCUCUAACAUAUCAGUAUACGUGUAGUUUUUUUAUCAGUGUAACCAUUGCAUGAUCUUUGGGUGCAAGUGCUAGUUUAAAACUAGUCGUGAAUCACAUAUUUCUUGCUGGUGAGCUAAAGCAUGGCUAGCAUUUACAAUCUGUUUAUCAUAAAUAAAUCUGGCGGUCUCAUUUUCUGCAAGGACUAUGGAUCAGCGGGGCGAAUGGACACAAAUGAUAGCUUGAGGCUUGCUAGUUUAUGGCAUUCUAUGCAUGCAAUAUCACAACAAUUGUCCCCUAUUGUGGGCUGUAUGGGUAUUGAGCUGCUUGAGGCAGAUACAUUUGAUCUUCAUUGCUUCCAAUCGUUGACAGGAACAAAGAUUUUUGUGGUCAGUGAACCAGGAACCCAGGGGAUGGAGCUACUUCUGAAAUCAAUAUAUGAAUUGUACACAGACUAUGUCUUGAAAAAUCCGUUUUAUGAGAUGGAAAUGCCAAUCAGGUGUGAGCUUUUUGAACUUAAUUUGGCACAAGCCAUCCGCAAAGAUAAACCAGCAUUUGGUGGCCGAUAAAUGUUUUAUUUGUGGUAUUUUUUACUGUUCAAAAGUUGUAUGAAAGGCAAAUACCAAGGUCUUUAAAAAAGGUAAAGCAACAUAUCUGUUAUAUUUCUGUGAUUGUUGCAAGUUAGUAGAUGGCAACAGGUAUUCUUGUAUUUGCAGGCGGUCAUUGUCAGUUUUUAAUCAAGAAAAUGAGGAGAUAGUUUGCUCCUGCAUAAGAUAGAUACUACAAAAGCAUGCUAAUGUAAGCAUAGCACUUCAGUGCUGUGUCCUGAUAAAAGAUUUUCCUUCCAAAUAAUUGUGGAUUUGGCUUUUCAUUAGUUUGGGGAGAUAAGGGUUUUCAUAUUUGUCAUUGUAGCAUAAAUAUGCUGGACAUAUUUGUCUGAUAUAUAUUCUUUUCUCAUUGGAAUAUUUUGAAACAUUCAUUCUACACAAUAAUUAUAAUUGUGGGCAUACUUGUUAUCAGUGGAAAGUGCUUAAGAAAAGAUUAUGUUGUGCCUUGACACAAGCAAGGAAGCUUCAACAAACUUGGCUCCAAACAUGAAGGUAAAGUCAGAUAUAUUUAAGUGCUAAAUAUCCUGGUAAUUGAUAGUAUGAAUGCUGUCUAUAGGAUUGAAAGAUCUUGCCAUGAUACAAGCACCAUGAGUUCCAUCAAAUAUUGGAAACGCUAUCAAUACACAGUUUACAGACCGAGCCAAAAAGGUUUGAGAUCAUACUUGAAAUAAAGGGCUCAAAAUAUGCUCUGGACAUAAACUGUCAUAAUACACUGUUUGAUGUUAUACUCUCCACUGGUGCUCAAUUUUUUCUAGGUUGUUACUCCACAAUUUCAUUCUCGCUUUUAACAUUCAUUUUGUAAUUUACAAAUUUUACAGAAGUGACAUGGACAUGGGUUGGUUUUGUUGA